CUGAAAAAGACUGGGUGAAGAUAGUAGUAUGAUGUCAGUGGUUUUCAAUUUCAAUUGCUCAAAGGUGAGCAAGAUUUUUGUUGACCAGCCAUGAGUUCAGACACUCAAAACGUCACUGUAUUUUUUGUCAUUACUUUUCUCAUAUUUGUCAACGCUUGGCUGCUGUUUCAGCUUUCUUUUGGAUAAGAAGUCUUGGAGCUUUCCAAACAACACUGGAUGGAUAUGGGGCAUUUUGAGGAUGUCAACGAGUGACUUUUGUAUUUUUACACUAUGGCAAGCUCAUUUUUGCACGACUCUGCUGGAGAUUAUCUCAACUUGUUUUCUAAAAUAGGCGUGUAGAGAUUAAACUUUUAUUGUGAAAGUCAAAACCGGAAGUCCCGGGCACUAUUCUUGCCAUGUCAGAUUUUUGUCAUUAUUUUCUGUUUUUUACCCAGUUUAAAACAGCUAUUAAAGUCUUAACAUUCCGCUUUAAACAGCUAGCUAGCUAGUCUGCUGUGAAACGGACGCGUAUUUAAAAUAAUUCAGACGACACACUGCGGUGAAGCUACCGUUUAAAGCAGCAAAUUAAAAGUCCUAAACGGAGAUAACGGUGCACAUAAAUACACCACAGACUCCGACAACAACGCUUGUGUGUGUGUAAUGGGAUUCGGCAGCGGUUACGACCAAAUCCCAGCUGUAAACCAGCAACGUUAGCAAACAGCCAACUUGUCAGAGGAAGCCUUCAGCAUGGCUGGAUGGAUAAACUGACAACAACACACGCAGGUGCAUACACACUUGCGUCGUUUUCGUCUUUAUGUGCUCGGCGUAAUCUGGCUAACAGAGAGUGGUGGUGGUUAGCGGUUGAGGCCAUGGCGAGGUCAGCUGGCUGUUGCUGUUGUUCACUGGGCUUUUUAUAGCUAACGGUAGCUUAGUCCCGCGGGACCGUUAACGUUCUGUUGGACCACCGAGGACAGCGCGCGACCUUGGGGACGUUGUCAUGGAUUUGACGCGGUUGGCUGUGGAUGCUGGUCAGUUCAUCAACCGGGCUGUUCAGUACACGGAGGAGAGUCUUGGCCAUGCGGACAAGACAGAGUUGGACCCCGGGCUAGAGGAGCUCUUGUCCCGGGCAGACGCCACCAAGACCUGCACAGACAAAAUAAUCUCCCAGACUGAGGUUUUACUUCAGCCCAAUUCCGGAGCGCGGUUAGAGGACCGGCUAUAUGAGCAUCUGGAUUGGAGCGUCCCCCCUCGUCCUCGUGCGCAUGAAUUACUUGGAGACCAAAUGAUCCAGGCUGGGAUGGAAAUGGGGUCCAACACACCCUAUGGAACUGCACUGCUCAGGUGUGGAGAGGCUCAGAAGCAGCUUGGCGAGGCAGAGAGGAAAUUUGUCCAAAGCACUAACAUCCACUUUCUCACCCCUCUGAGGAGUUUCACUGAGGGGGAAUACAGAGCCAUGCAGGAUGAGCGCAAGAUGUUGGUGAAUAAGCGUUUGGACUUGGACAUAGCUAAGACCAGACUGAGAAAAGCCCACGAAGCCGACCAAGAAGGCAGAAACCUGAAUGCGAACCCCCUGGAAGACAACUACCUGUCCCAUGUCUCUUUCAUGUUCAGCUUCCUGCGCGUUAAAUGGCUAAAGAUGUGGGCCCAGGAAAUCUCUCAGGCAGAGAUGGAGCAAAGGAUUUGUCAGAGUCUUUUCGAUCGACAGUCAGAAAUCACAAGACAAGCUGUGGAAGGAAUCAGCAACACUCAUAACAACCACAUGCGGAGCCUGACUGACUUUGUGGAGGCUCAGGCUUGUUAUUUCGACCAGUGCAACCAACAGGCUCAGAAGCUUCAGAAGCAGCUGGCCAGCAUUCCAUCAGUCCUCUGCUCCAAUAACUGGCAGUCAGCAAUUAGUAAUGAAGUGAAUCAGCCGUCCGCAAGCAACCAUGUAGCCAAUGGGUUAAAUCAGGUCACUCCAAUUCCCAUAGUCGUCCACCAAGUUCCAGACUUCAACCAGGAUUCAUGGACUGCAAAUCCACCGGCCGCAACUGAAAAAACUAAAAAUUCCUCUGUAACCACACAGCCAAAUAACAACACCAACAACAACAACUUCUUUUCUGAUGGACAGGCAACCAGCCACUGUUUAGCAGUCAACCAAGCAUUGGACCAUGUCUGUUCAUCAAAUUCAGACAGUCACCAAACAGAUCAGAUAUCAGCAGUUAGCAUAACAGCCAGCGCAGGAACCAACGGAGCAACAGCUGCAAUAACCGAUGGUGCAGGUAGUCUGACGACGACAACAACAGCUUCCCCACCUUCUGAACUCAGCAGAACCUCAAACGAGCCUCAGACAGCAAAUGCAGUAGCCAGUGAGACCAUAACAGCCAAUGACAUAGCCAUAGAGACUUUGACAACCAGUGGCAUGGCUGCUGAGCCCCAAACAGCCAAUGAAACCGCAAGCGUGCUGCCCACUAUUAACGGAGAAGAUGCCCAGGAGUGAUGAACAGCCAGUCAGGACAUGGCUCAAUAGCUGGGACUUACUUUGCUUGGAGCUUCAGCUGAUUUAGAUCAAUGUAGCGAGAAUAUAGAUUGUAUUAUAAAGGAACAGAUACACAAUAUUAUAACGUGGUACGGUGAAUAUAAAAAAAAAAAACGUUAAUUAAUCCCAUAGCGAAGAUAAUGUGAAGUGGUUGUGAAAGUGCUUAUUUUUCUAAACGUGAUAUAGUGCUACAAUACUGUAAGUUUAGCCUUUAACCAUAUUCAUAUAUUAUUCAUGUUAUAUGAAAAUCACUGCUAAGUAUCAGUCCUCUCUUGUAGCAAUGGAUGUAAUGUCUACUCUGUAAUAUGUCCAAAACUAAAUCUUUAGUUUUUACUUUUAUCUAAUGUGAGAACUGAUGAAGCUUUGUGCCAAGUAUAUAUUUGUAAAAUCAUAUUGUGAAAACAUCAA